AUGAAGUCUCAUCUGCACUCACCUGAAGAUGGACAGCUGCUGCAGAGCAACGAGGAUCUCCUACGACCGGUGGAGGAAUCCAGGAGAGAGACCUUCACAGUGCACGACGCGCUCGAGUCCUUCGGCUUUGGAAAGUUCCAGUGGAAAAUGUCUUUCCUCACCGGACUGUCGUGGCUAGGAGACGCCAUGGAGAUGAUGAUCCUCAGCAUCCUGGGCCCCCAGCUGCUCUGUGAGUGGAGGCUUUCAAGCUACCAGGUGGCCCUCUUAACAUCGGUGGUGUUUGCAGGAAUGGGGAUCGGUGCACCUGUAGUGGGCAGUUUGUCUGACAUCUACGGCAGAAAAGCAGCUCUGAUGAUUUCUUCGUGCUGGUCUCUGUUCUACGGCCUGCUCAGUGCCUUUGCCCCGGUGUACGGCUGGCUCCUGGUCCUGCGGGGCCUCGUGGGCUUCGGCCUCGGAGGAGCCCCUCAGUCGGUGACGCUGCACUCGGAAUUCCUUCCGGAGAAGUCGGGAGGCAUCUGUAUCCCGCUGGUUGCGGUAUUCUGGGCACUCGGCUCCGUGUUCGCGGCCCUCCUGGCAUGGGUGGCGGUACCCGCUCUCGGCUGGAGGUGGCUCCUCGCCUUGUCCACCGCGCCGAUGGCGGUCUUCGUCUGCUUCGGCUUUUGGCUCCCCGAAAGUGCUCGUUUUAAUUUGCUGGCGGGAAAAACGGAGAAGGCCAUGGCAACAUUAGCACACAUCGCCAAAGAGAACGGCAAGCCCGUGCCUCGGGGGAAGCUUAUCGCCCAUAAACGGAAAGGCGGUGGAAGGAUCAAAGCGCUCUUCUCUCCCCAGUAUCGGAGGACUACUCUUCUUCUGUGGUUUAUAUGGUUUGCCAACGCCUUCGCCUACUAUGGGAUAAUCCUGUUGACGACUGAGCUGCUCCAGGCCGGACAUUUGUGUGAGAUGAAGCAAGGGACCGAUAAUGAACAAAGCUGUAGUCUGGAUUGCAAAUAUUUAACAUCAGCUGACUACAAAAACCUUUUAUGGACAUCCUUAGCUGAGUUCCCAGGUAUAUUAGUCACCAUUCUAGCGAUUGACCGUAUUGGCAGGAAGAAGAGCCUGGCUCUGUGUUUCUUCAUGUUUUGCUUGAGCAUCCUGCCCGUAUACGUUUGUAUCGGGAGGACAGCUGUUACAAUCUGCCUCUUUACAGCGAGAGCCUUCAUCACUGCAGGAUUCCAAGUUGCUAUUGUUUACACACCAGAGGUGUUCCCCACAGAAAACAGAGCCUUAGCAAUGGGGACUUGCAGCGCGAUGAGCAAGGUGGGGGCCCUGAUCACACCCUUUGUGGCGCAGGUGUUGCUGAGGACAUCAGUGUUUGGGACUCUGUCGUUAUACUGUGGCUUUAGUCUGCUGGGCGUCAUUGCGUCAUUGCUGCUGCCCAUUGAGACGUUGGGACGGGGUAUGCAGGAGUCCAGGGAGGCCGGCGAGGAGACAACCAACACGACCGGGACGUCGAAUGCUGCGACGCAGGAGUGUACACCCUAGGCACUGGUGAUAAUUGAGGGCACGUCUAAUGAGAGGGGAAGCACACUUUACCCUGUUGACAUUCAGGCCAUGAGAAGCAGCAGAAGGACCUUGUGGACCACGAUGACCCACUGUGCUCUGCUGGAGCCAAGACUUUGCAUCACAUUGUAUUUACCUGUAUGUGUACCCAGAGUGUAUUUUGCUAAUUAAAGAUGUUCAAUAUGCCCUUGACUCUAUUGUUUUGUCAGUACAUCGAAUUUGCACAAGGAAAUAUGCAUAAUGUUCUAUUACUUUGAACAUGCAACGAAGACUUGUCUAAUCAAUGAGA